AUGAACAGGACAAGAUCUUGGAGACAGGCCAUAAAACCUCUCCUGCUUUAUCUAUGGGAUGUUUACUCUGCACCGACUCUUGCGGGCAGAGACGUGCUCACUCUGCUCCCCCUCUGUUUCACACUUUCCGUCGUUACUGGCGGCCUGCUUCACCACUGGCUGUCUAACACUCUGAGAUACGACCACGAAGCGUCCGUUCAGGUGACCUGCAUUUACAGUGUCUCCAUGUUUCUGGCCUCCUUCCUGUGCCACCCCCUGCGCUGCGUGCUGACAAUGAUUCUGCCCACAGUCUGCACCGAGCAGGGACGCAAACUCCUCAUCUCAGCGUCUGUGAUGAUUCUGAUGCUGAACGUCAUCCCUAACAUCACAGUGAACGUGGGGGCGGUGGCACGCAUUCUGAAGUGCACCGCCGAGGGUUUUACGAAGACGCUGCUAAACUCAACAGAACCCUUGAACACAGUUAAGCAAGAGCUUGUCCAGGAAGUCAUCAAAGUGAAGAGAGAGGAUUUGAGCAUUGUCACCAACUUACGGACUUUAGAUCAUUUCACACGUGUUGAUGUGUCAGAGGUCAAGUGCAGGUUUAUUCAUCUAAUCGGACAGAUUGAAGGCAACUUCUCACACGCUGCGAACCUGCUGAAAGAAUAUAAACUUCUCUCAAACCGGAUUCUUGCAGCCAUUUUGGUUGCAUUACUGGUUCUUGAAUCUGCGCGCUACCUAAAAUCUUACCUGACAUCAGUUCAGUUUGAUAAUGAUUACGUCUCCAAAGAGCUCCUGCAAAAAACACCUCAUGCCGGUAAUAGAAGACAGACUAAAAAUACAAUAAAUCUCAGAAGCUGUAAAAUAAGAAGCCAGGAAUGUGCCUCUUGUUUCAUAUCCCUGGUUGUGGUGACGUUAUAUUAUAUUGCUAUAUCUUUAAUAGUAGCCUUGGAUCAUGUUGUGUAUCACAUAGUUCAGAUGAUUAUGCCGUGGGUGCUGGAUUUUCCACCUACGUCUGCCAGCAUAAGUGUCAGUUAUAAGGUUCAGUGGUUCCCCCCCGCCUUUUGUAUUAUUCCACAGUCGUGCAUUACGAGGGAGCUGACAAACUUCCGCAGGGAUUACAAGUGGAACUUCAGCCCCGAGCCGUCACUCUGUGAUGUGACAACUUCAUCUCCGAACCUGGGAGUCACACUCCUGCUGGGAUGCCUCUGGCUGAUGAGCUACUUUCUGGUGUUCCUCGAGGUUUAUGCCAGGCGGCUGCGCAGGAAAAUCUCAGCAUCAUUUUUCAGAGAGCAGGAGGAAAGGAGAGUGGCUUUCUUGAUGAAGAAAAUGGAAGGGAGGCAGAGUAAAACGGGAGAGAAAGGGACCGUUACUGUUGAGGUUAGGGGUUUGGAGUGAAAUGUUACUACAAGGGUUGGAUGGACUGUCAUGAAGUUUGGAUCACAUGAAUAAGGAUGAGCUGUAAUGAUGUCCCGUUAUUUUCAGUGUCAUCAUCGGGUUAAAAUGUAAUGAAUGCGUUUAAUAUUGUGAUUAUUAUGAUAUUCGGAUUAUCUUACCUUGUCUUUAAAUGUGAACUACUCAGUCACUGCAGAUACAGACUUUAAAUUAAAAUGCACUUAAUUAGAACAAAAAUAUAAAGACACAAAAUAUUAAGAUACCUGCAAACCCAGUGAUGUUCUCAUUCACUUUUGUUCUUUGUGUUUAAUGCUACUCAGAAAAUGUAAAUUAAGACGGUGGCCAACGUAAACAUUCUUUGUCUUCUACUGUGCUGACUUUAGCUCCUCUGUCUCAAAGUACCUCCUCCUAGUUGUUUUUUACGUUAUUAAUCAAACAUCCUGUGUAUGACUCAACACCAACGGCGCGUUUGCUUCUGCAGAUAUAAGACCACUUGCUGCUUUCCUUGUAGGUGCUAACUUGUGGUUUUUAAAUGCAAUAACACAUUUGCUGAGCUCGCUGAACCACAGGACUGCUAACGCUCUUGUUUUUCAUACAAAAGUUCACAGAUGUCUAAAUGUGUACAGUAUUUUUCUGUACAGUAUGCAGAGUGGUUGUUUCCUUUUUGUCUUGAUUACA